AUGAGUGACGUCGAGGACAGCAACGGGAGUUCCAUCUCUCCCAGCCGAAGCCGUAGUAGCUCAUCGAGCGAUGACGAGUCUUGCAGUCGAUCUAGAUCACUUUCUCGGCUACCCAGCCGCAAGGGCAGAAAAUAUAAGAUCCACUCGAAGCAUUCGUACUCAAGGUCCCGUUCGUAUUCUGGAGAUCGUCGACGCACAUACCGCAGCCACUCUCGAGGCUCAGGCUCGAGACGCAGCAAAUAUGAAAACCCAAAAACUAAAAGAUGUCUGGGUAUAUUCGGCUUAAGUGCGUUCACUACAGAAACUCGACUGUACAAUAUAUUUGUAAAAUAUGGUGACAUCGACAAAAUGAUUAUUAUUAUGGAUGCUAAAAGUGGAAAGUCUCGUGGUUUUGGUUUUGCUUAUUUCAAAAAUCAUGAAGAUGCUAAGGUAGCUAAAGAAGAAUGCUCUGGCAUGGAAAUUGACGGCCGCAGAAUUCGAGUAGAUUUUUCAAUUACCAAACGCCCUCAUACGCCAACACCUGGCAUUUAUAUGGGCAGACCUACAGAACGUUAUGAUAGAUAUGACAGAGUUAGAGAUUAUGAUGAUUACUAUGAGGGAGCAUACAGAGGUGGUAGAGGAGAAGGCGGUGGAGAAGAACGCAGAUCACGUUACGAUAGGUCACAUUCACUUUAA